AUGGAUGCAGCCGAUGAUCGGGAAGUAAAACUUCAACGGGCAUCCAGUGAUCUGGUGACGGAGUUUUCGGCAAAGCUGCCAUCGCUGCUGUGGAGAGCCCAAAAUGGAAUUCCUCUCCGUACCCCACGCAAAUGGGCGCCAGUAGCCAAGACAGAGAAGCUUGUCAGCCUUCUCGAACCCUUUCAAGAAUGGCCCCAGCUGCUAGACCCGCAUCUUCACAAGCUUCUGCCUCCGUUAGUGGAUGCUUUCCUGGCUUACUUGGUGAAGCACCGUGGCCAGUAUGCUUCGAAGCCGGUGAAAAACUCACAGGGUGCUGCUCUAUACCCGCUACCAAGAGCCAUCUGCAGAUUGCUGUAUACUUUCUGCAAAGUCCGUGGUGUCAAGGUGAUCAGUCGGUUCUUGAACAAUGAGCCCAAGUAUCUUGAUUCGAUGCUACGUGCUUUUAUCGAAUGGGACUCGGUUAGCAGCUCAGGCACAGCAGAGGAUAAUAUAGAUGAUCAACCUCAGACCUUACAAUGGGAAGAGCGUUAUGUGAUGCUAGUUUGGCUGUCGCAUCUUCUUCUCGCGCCGUUCGACCUUUCUUCGCUGUCAUCAGAGGAUAUUCCAGUUCCUUAUGACAAUUUGAAACAACUAGGCGAUAUUUCUCCACAGACCCCGAUGCUUGCUAGGUCAGUCUUGUCGCUGGCGUUGCAUUACAUUAAUACCUCCGGCAAGGAGCGCGAGGCAGGAACCGCUCUUCUGGCACGAAUUAUCCUGCGCGGGGACAUGCAAAGACUCGGUCUUCUCACGUGUCUAACGGAAUGGGCCUUUGCCACAGUUCAACCCAACGAGAACGCGGAAGCGCCAUCUGUCUACUCCUGUAUCGGCAUUCUUUCUUUCAUUGCCCGCCUAGCCGGCUCCGGUCAGGUUGAAGAUUUUGCUCCUUUGCUUCAAAAUGUCUUUGAUCAAACACUCAGUGUCUCACAAGGACAAUCAAAAGUAUCUUCGAUCAUUCGGUCGUCUGCCCUGGCGAGAAAGACCGUGAUCAAGAUCCUCCGCAAUAUCGCGGUCAUGGCCUUGUCGCUAAGCGAGCGGAAAGAUAACAGCAUGACGGAUGAUCAAUUAACAAACAUCCUAGAAGAGGUCAUUGACCAUUUCCUCGUCUCAUUGGCGGACAAGGAUACACCUGUGCGACUUGCUUCGAGCAAAGCUCUCAGUGUGAUCACCUUAAAGUUGGAUCUAGAAAUGGGAGCUGAAAUUAUCGAAGCUGUCAUUGGCUCACUGGGAGAGAACAUUCUCUAUGAAAAAGAGAACGGUUCUUUGGUGACGCCGUUAGAGGCACUCAAAACUGGCAUUGAAACUUUCAAGCGCAAUCUUAGCGCCGUGGAUGCACAACGAUGGCAGGGCCUAAUUCUUACUCUAUCCCAUCUACUUUUCCGCCGUGCGCCUCCACUCCGGCAGCUUCCUGAUAUUCUUCAUUCUCUUGUUUUGGGUCUCGUUUUCGAGCAGAGGUCAUCCACAGGUAGUUCCGUGGGAACGGGCGUGCGAGAUGCUGCCUGCUUUGGUGUCUGGGCCAUAUCUCGGAAGUACACAACUUCGGAACUGCAAGCAUUGCCAGCGCAAGUCAUCCCUUCCAUUUCUGGGAUUAGCGAGGUAGAUGUUCUACAGAAGCUGGCUGUUGAACUCGUCUGCUCUGCUUGUGUGGACCCCUCUGGCAACAUUCGACGCGGUGCUUCUGCCGCCUUGCAGGAGUUGAUUGGCCGUCACCCAAACACCAUCACCGAAGGUAUUCCGCUGGUACAGAUUGUCGACUACCAUGCCGUUGCGCGACGCUCACGCGCUAUGAUUGACGUGGCGAAAGCAACAGCCUCUCUAGAUUCCAUGUACUGGAGUCCGCUUUUGGAGGCUUUGAUGAACUGGCGAGGUAUCGGUUCUCCUGACGCUGAGUCCAGGAGACAAGCAGCUAAGUCCAUCGGGACAUUGAGUGCACAGGAAAGUCUCAAGACGAUGUCUGUGGUGUUGCAACGUCUCUUGCACAGACUUCCUUGUAUCCCUCGAAAUGAUGUGGAGUCGCGACACGGCUGUCUCUUGUCUAUUGCAGCUGCAAUGGAUGCUUUUAUUUUUGAACUAGAAGCAUCACCAGAGAAGAAGGAAUCACUCGAAGGGAAAGAAAUCUCUUCCCAGGUAUCCAAGAUAUGGGACAUCUUCGGAUCUCCAUCUGGCCCUACCGACAACGACCUGACUUUCCAGAAUUCUCGCCCUGAAUUGACAGCAGAGGCAUCAUCCUGUCUGAUUGCCUCGCUUUCUCAGUCCACUGUCUCGGUCGGCCUUGACCGGCCCUCGGAUGCAGUGCUCGAUCGAGUCUUGCGCGUUCUUUCACUUUGUGUCUCCCGAAGCGACGAUAUCUCUAUCGAAAGGUCGUCGAAUGCUUUAUCCACAAUUUUCCCUGUCUUAACACCACUCAAGCAGCAGGAGACGGUGCAGGGAUGGGUUUAUCAUCUGCAUACUUCGUCAAGGUCACCAAGCGGUCGUGGCCAAAUCCUAGCACUCGGUGCAGUCUUCAAACGACUUCAAGGAUCAGAUGAUUUGCAAGACAGUAUCAUUAAAGAAGUACUUCGGUGCGCAGAUAAGGAGGAAUUGAUUGAAAAGCGAGUAGCCGCGGUUAAAUGUUUGGCCGCCAACAUCUUGCCUUACACAACUCCUACAGAAAUGAUGGCCAAUGGCGUGAUUGACUUUCUCAACGACUACACGACGGACAGACGAGGCGACAUCGGAUCUCUAGUUCGAGUGGAAGCAAUUCAAGCUGCAGGUAUUAUCUUACAGCAAGAAUCUGGCCUAGCUUCACACUCAACAAUAGUCCAAAACCUGGUCGGUUGCCUUUGUCGCCUCGCUUCUGAGAAGCUUGACAAGGUCAGACUACAAGCAUGGCUCUGUUUACAAGGCUUCUGGGAAUUUGCGGAGCUCCCAGUUGCUAAAUAUGAUCACUUCAGCCACGUUUCGUCGCAAGAAUACUUCGAUCAAUUGAUCACACUAUACAACGUCCAAUGGUUACGACUGCCACUGCUACAGGGACUGGCAACUUCUACGGUCGCAGGUACUGAGGGUCUUAUUCGGGCGUCUCGCUCAGCUUUGAUCCAGUCUAUCAAUUCUUAUGGCGCUACGCAGCGCCAGGCUGUCUUGGUUGAGAUGUUACAAGUACUAUCGACCAUUCUGACUAAUAACGUCCAAGAUGAUCGUUACGCGAUUCCCACCAUCGAGUUCGUUGCAUUCCUGAUAGACAGCUAUGCUGUCGCUGGGGAGGAGCUCGAUCCAAUUUUCCGAAGUGUCUUCGUCCUGGUCCAAAAAGCACACUUCCGGUCAUCGAACAUCGCACGUUUGGAAGCUGGUGUCAAGGUUUAUGGGGCCAUGGCGAGGCUUGGGCCUUUGCGUAAUGGUGUCUUGAAGAAAAUGAUUGGACUUUUAGUGCAUCCUUUCCCAAGGAUUCGGGCCAGCGCUGCAGACUACCUAUUUACCGUGACGGACUCUGAGAUGCUCAAGUAUGAGGAUUGGUCUGCACAGCCCAACCAAUUAAAGGACAAGAUGGAAAGUGUGAAGGUUGAGCUGGCUAUUAAGUAG